CACGAAAUCCCCUCCCUCAUCCUCUGGGGGCCACCUGGCUGCGGCAAGACUACACUGGCACACAUCAUAGCCAACAGCAGCAAAAAGAACGGCAUGAGAUUUGUGACACUGUCGGCCACAAGUGCCAAGACAAAUGAUGUUCGAGAUGUCAUCAGCCAAGCCCAGAAUGAAAAAAGACUCUUCAAGAGAAAAACUAUCCUCUUUAUUGACGAGAUCCAUCGUUUCAAUAAAUCUCAGCAGGACACUUUCCUUCCUCACGUUGAGUGUGGGACUGUGACACUGAUAGGAGCGACCACAGAAAACCCUUCCUUCCAAGUCAACGCCGCUCUUCUGAGCCGAUGCCGGGUGAUCGUCCUGGAGAAGCUCUCGGUUGAAGCAAUGGAGAAGAUUCUGAUGCGGGCUGUCAGGUCCUUAGGGGUCCGGGUUUUGGGCCAGGGCGAUCAGCACAGCAGCUCUGCGACUGGCAGCAGCAGCGAGAGCUCAGAAUUCCUGGUAUACAUAGAGGAGAAAGCUCUAAAUACCCUAGCCUACCUUUGCGACGGUGAUGCAAGGACUGGACUGAACGGACUCCAGUUAGCAGUUCAGGCCAGAUUAGCAGCAGGGAAGACCACUCCUCUGAAUGUUACCAAAGGCGGUUGUGCAGAUGGCAUUCUGAUAACAGAAGAGCACGUAAAGGAAGGGCUACAGCGAUCUCACAUCCUAUAUGACCGAGCAGGAGAAGAACAUUACAAUUGCAUCUCUGCGCUGCAUAAGUCUAUGAGAGGCUCAGAUGAAAAUGCUUCCCUUUACUGGCUUGCUCGAAUGCUUGAAGGUGGUGAGAAUCCACUCUAUGUGGCGAGAAGGCUGGUGAGGUUUGCAAGUGAAGAUAUAGGGCUGGCAGAUCCUCUGGCUUUAACACAGGCAGUUGCUGCUUAUCAAGGCUGUCACUUUAUUGGAAUGCCAGAAUGUGAGGUUAUUCUAGCACAAUGUGUAGUGUAUUUUGCCAGAGCACCAAAGUCUAUAGAGGUAUACAGGGCGUAUAGCAAUGUCAAAGAAUGUCUGAGAAUGCACACGGGACCUCUGCCGCCUGUUCCGCUGCACCUGAGAAAUGCCCCAACAAGGCUCAUGAAGAACUUGGGCUAUGGUAAAGGCUAUAAGUAUAACCCCAUGUACACGGAACCUGUAGAGCAGGACUAUCUGCCAGAAGAGUUGAAAGGAACAGACUUCUUCAAGGAACGAAAAACGUGACGGUUUGAUUUUAUGACUCGUGCAUUUGUACUGGGAUGGAAGUUCCCCUUGUAGUUUCAGCCAUCUAUUACUGUGGU